AAGCUUACUACGAGUCUAGCAUCUAAUGGGCGCAAGGCCAAAGGCUCGCAAGGAACUUUCCAGCACGUACCUAUACCACAGGGAUAGACCGGGUGCACAACAUGGAACCAUAGCGACCCCCCAUCAACUAUGUGCCAAGUUUUUACAGGGCGCCCAAGUCGAGCGUUCCACGACAUCACUAGCGGCCGAGCUGCCAAGCGGGCUCUUAUCGAUAAGCAUCCCCUCCAGGCGGUCAAAAUUUGUUCGCUUCAAUUCCUCCAGCCCGGGGACCACCAGAAGAACACAAUACCUGCCCGAUUAAAGGUGUCUUCCUCGAGAACCCGAAUCAAACACAUAAAAAGUCCACCGAACCAUGUCGUCGAUGCGCAACGCCGUCCAGCGGCGCUCCCACCGCGAGCGAGCCCAGCCGCUGGAGCGCCAGCGGCUUGGGAUGCUCGAGAAGCACAAGGACUACUCGCUGCGGGCCAAGGACCACAACAAGAAGAAGACGCAGCUCAAGUCGCUGCGCCAGAAGGCCGCCGAGCGCAACGAGGACGAGUUCUACUUCGGCAUGAUGUCGCGCCAGGGCGCCGGCACCAGCCUCUCUCGCGGCCGUGCCUGGACGGGGACCAUCGACGGCGACCGCGGCAACAAGGCCCUCGACGUCGAGACGGUGCGCCUGCUCAAGACACAGGACAUGGGCUACCUGCGGACGAUGCGGAACGUGGCGGCGAAGGAGGUCGCGGCCCUACGGGAGCGGGUCAUCCUGGCGGGCGGCGGGGCGGAUCUCCCCAUAGAUGCUGAGGACGACGAGAACGAGGACCAGGAGGUCUCCCCAGCGGCUGGGGGGAUGCCGAGGAAGAUUGUCUUCACGGACGACGUCGAAGAAAGGGAUCAAAUAUUGAGCAAACAGGAUCAAACGGAAGACGACGGCAACGGUUCGGAUGCUGAGACAGAGGCCGACAAGAAGGCGGAGGUGCUCGCAAGGCUACAGCGGAGGCUACAGACCGCAAGGAGAAAGCUCAGAGCUCUGACAGGCGCGGAGACAGAGUUGGAAGCGCAACGGGCAAAGAUGGCAAAGACACCUUCGUACAGCGGCAUUACCAAAAGUGGAAAGAAGGUCAAGGCUCGAGAGCGGAAGAGAUAAGCUGGAAGAGGGCAUUUCCUUCCGUAGGACUUCCCUCUUGUUUUUCCUUUGGUCCUCCUAUUCAGGGAGCGAGGGUAGCUAGCUGCCUAGGUAUCUAGCUGGCCACGCCCCGGAUGCUUAUGCGAUACCCA